GACAGCCACAUGCCGCCCUGCCUGAAAAGGCUGCGAGGCGCCGGCGGGGAGGGAGAGGAGGCGCAGACGGCGCCCCAGCCCGCACCGCCACCGCCACAGCCGCGCCCCGGGGGAUGCCGAGGCGCCGGCCCCGCGGGUCGCCCUAGGGGAGAGGCGUUCCGCCGGCACCGCCCGCCCCGCAGCCCCGGCCCGGGGGAGGCCGCCGCCGCCCCCCGCUGAGCCCCGCCGGAGCCGCUCGCGAGUGGGGCGCCCACGCGGGGCGCGGCGCGGCGCGCUCAGGGGAGGGAGGCGAAGCUCGGCCCCGCAGCCUCGGGUGGUUUGGUUGUUGGUUUUGGGUUUUUGGUUUUGGUUGUUUUUUUUUUUUAAUUUCUUCCGAAGGAUGGAUACGUUUCUUCUCGCGUGGGGAUUUCUAGGGCUGUGCUUGCCCGGCUCCGGAGGCACGGCGGAGACAGCUCAGCCAUGCGGGGGCCGCCUGAACUCCAAGGAUGCUGGGUACAUCACCUCCCCAGGGUACCCCAAUGACUACCCCUCCCAUCAGAACUGCGAGUGGGUCAUCUACGCCCCUGAAUCCAACCAGAAGAUUAUCCUCAACUUCAACCCUCACUUUGAAAUCGAAAAGCACGACUGCAAGUACGACUACAUCGAGAUCCGAGAUGGGGACAGUGAAGCGGCAGACCUGCUGGGCAAGCACUGUGGGAACAUAGCACCUCCUACCAUCAUCUCUUCUGGCCCCUCUCUGUAUAUCAAGUUCACCUCAGACUACGCACGGCAAGGUGCCGGCUUCUCCCUGCGCUACGAGAUCUACAAGACAGGGUCUGAGGACUGCUCCAGAAACUUCACUGCCUCCAACGGCACUAUUGAGUCUCCAGGUUUCCCUGACAAGUAUCCACACAACCUGGACUGUGUCUUCACCAUCAUAGCCAAGCCAAAGACAGAAAUCCUCCUCCACUUUCUGCUCUUCGACCUUGAGCAUGACCCGCUGCAGGCAGGGGAAGGAGACUGCAAGUACGACUGGCUGGACAUCUGGGACGGCAUCCCUCAGGUAGGCCCCUUGAUAGGCAGGUACUGUGGCACUAAGAUGCCAUCGGACAUCCGCUCAACCACCGGCGUCCUCUCGCUCACCUUCCACACGGACCUGGCAGUGGCUAAAGAUGGUUUCUCUGCUCAGUACUACUUGAUCCAGCAGGAAGUCCCAGAAAACUUCCAGUGCAACGUGCCGCUGGGGAUGGAGUCUGGCAGGAUCUCCAACAUGCAGAUCAGUGCCUCCUCCACCUACUCAGAUGGGCGAUGGACCCCUCAACAGAGCCGGCUCAACAGUGAUGACAAUGGCUGGACCCCCAAUGUAGACAGCAACAAAGAGUACCUCCAGGUGGACCUCCAAUUCCUGACUCUGCUCACAGCCAUUGCCACACAGGGUGCCAUCUCGAGAGAAACCCAGAAUGGCUACUAUGUCCGUACCUACAAGCUGGAGGUCAGCACCAAUGGGGAGGACUGGAUGAUGUACCGACAUGGGAAAAACCACAAGACUUUUCAGGCCAAUGAGGACGCCACGGAGGUGGUUCUCAACAAGAUCCACAGCCCGGUGCUCACACGCUUCGUGCGCAUCCGUCCCCAGAGCUGGCACAACGGCAUCGCCCUGAGGCUGGAGCUGUAUGGCUGCCGCAUCACCGAUUCGCCCUGCUCCAGCUUGUUGGGAAUGCUUUCCGGCCUCAUCCCUGACUCACAGAUCUCGGCCUCUUCCAUCAGAGGCUAUGACUGGUCUCCCAGCAUGGCCCGCCUGGUGAGCAGCCGCUCAGGCUGGUUUCCUCGCAUCCCCCAAGCCCAGCCUGGGGAGGAGUGGCUGCAGGUGGACCUUGGCAUCCCGAAGAAUAUCAAAGGCGUCAUUAUUCAGGGGGCUCGUGGAGGCGACAGUGUGACCACCACCGAGUCCCGCUCCUUUGUGAAGAAGUUUAAGGUGGCCUACAGCAUGGAUGGAAAGGACUGGGACUUCAUCCAGGACCCCAAAACAAUGCAAGCCAAGCUUUUUGAAGGCAACAUUCACUAUGAUAUCCCUGAAGUCCGGAGGUUUGACCCUGUUCCUGCCCAGUACGUCCGAGUGCACCCAGAGAGGUGGUCCCCAGCAGGAAUAGGAAUGCGCCUGGAGGUGCUGGGCUGCGACUGGACAGAUGUAAAGCCCACUGCAGAGACGCUAGUGCCCACUUUGAAGAGUGAAGAGACCACCAUCCCAUACCCAACUGAUGAAGAGGCAACCGAGUGUGGUGAUAGCUGUGGAGAAGAGGAGGAUUUCCACCUCCCUGUGAACUUCAACUGCAACUUUGAUCUCCCUGGAGACCUCUGUGGUUGGUCACACGACUUGGCAAUGGGUUAUACAUGGUCUUUUCAGCCUACAAGCACCUGGAUUGGCAACUCUGAACCGAGCCCUGAGACUGUGCCUGAUGGCAAGAAUUACCUGCAGCUGCAGAGCAGCGGAAGGAGGGAAGGCCAGCGAGCCCGGCUUAUCAGCCCCACCAUCUAUCUGCCCCAGAGCGCUGUCUGCAUGGUCUUCCAGUACCAGGCGUGGGGCAGCAAUGGGGUGAUGCUGCGGGUCUGGCGGGAAGCCAGCCAGGAGCACAAGGCACUGUGGGUCAUCAUGGAGGACCAAGGGGAGGAGUGGAGGGAAGGUCGCGUCAUCUUGCCGAGCUACGACAUGGAGUACCGGAUUGUGUUUGAGGGAUUUAUACGCAAUGGCCACUCGGGAGAGCUCGCCCUCGAUGACAUCCGGCUGGGCACCGACAUCCCGCUGGAGAACUGCAUGGAACCCAUCACAGCAUUCCCAGGUGAGAACUUCUACUUUCCAGUGAACUUCCCAAGAAUGGAGGAUGACUUUCUGACCUCUGAGCAAGACUUUGAAGACAAUGAUGAUCCAGAUUACUUUGGAUCGGAUAGGAACGACACACUGUUCUCUACUAACUCUCCAGGAACCCCGAAGCUAGACAAAGAAAAAAGCUGGCUCUACACCCUGGAUCCCAUCCUGGUGACCAUCAUAGCAAUGAGCUCCCUUGGCGUCCUCCUCGGGGCCAUCUGCGCUGGUCUGCUCCUCUACUGCACAUGCUCGUAUGCUGGGCUGUCCUCACGGAGCUCCACCACGCUGGAGAACUACAACUUCGAGCUGUAUGACGGCAUCAAGCACAAGGUCAAGAUGAACCACCAGAAGUGCUGCUCGGAGGCCUGAUGGGUGCGCUGGGGAUCACCCUCGGUGUUGCGCCCGGUGAGGUGGGCUGGCGGGGGGGUACUUUUUUUGCUGUUUUCUAUGGGAACUGAAUGCCAUAACGGGGAACGAGGGGUGUGGGAGGAGCGAGGGGAGGCGCUGCUCCUGCCGCCAGGUCCCGCCGGUGAGUCAUGCUCCGCCAGGACCGAGCGGGCUUUCCCGCAAACUGGACUGUGCCGGGCGAGGAGGGACCGAGACCCUUGUUUGUUGGUUCAUCUUCAUUUUCUGCUGAUGCGAGUGUCUGGGACGUGGUGAGGGAGACUGGUUUACCUUUUGGAUGUGAGAAACUAAAUGUUGAUUGUUAUUUCCCACCUCCUUUCUCUGGUGAGCCUCUGAGAAGGCUGAGGGAUUUCUUCAGCCACCCUGUCUUUGGAAAUAACACACACACACACACACACACACACACACACACACACACAGAUGGAGACCUGGUCCAUUUUAGACCCCAUCCAGAUAUCGUUUUAGCUGUAGGGAUUUGUGCACUUCACACUAAGUCCAGGAAGCUACGGUUUCCAGUCCUGAAAAUGGAAGCAUGUUGUUACCUUCAACUUUUCUUCUCCUGGUAGGGGGGAAAGGUGGGAUACUGGCUUUAGUGUCGAUGGUAACAACAGCCCCUUCUGAAAUCAUUUAGAAAUAAAAUAGAAAGGAAACCCUAUGUGUAGAAGCACCUCUUUGAGAGAAGCUGAAGAGCCUUAAAGUGAUUUGUGAAUAAGAGCCAUUUAUUAAAUCCAGAUCUUGGAUUGCAACAGCUGAGGCCUUCAUCAGGAAGGCCUUUCUUUGAAUCUCCCACCCCUCUUGAUCCUGCCCUUUUUCUUUUUCUUUUUGCUAUAAUGAGAAAAUUGCAGCAAACAAAAGAUAGAGCCUGUCAAGCUGCCGGCGCUCAGGCGACAGCUUUGGAAAGGGGGCUUCGCUCUGGGUUUGACUUGAGGCACAGUGCCGAGGCCUCUCCAAAGUGCCAGGGAGGGAAAAUGAACAGGGAAGGAGGCUGGAGCCAUGCCCACGGCUCCGGGAGCCCGGCUGCGGCACCCGCCGGCCCCCCUCGCCUUCAUGGUGCUCCCCUUCUCUCUGGAGCUGGGGGGCACGAGCUGGUGCCGUCAGCACCGCUGGACCAAACGGCUGCCGCCGUAUCCCCUUCGGAGCAAAGCUGCGCUGCUCCUGAUCAGUAGCAAAACCCAGAAGUUUUAUUUAUGAGCUGUGUUUUGUUUUACUUUGAACAAGUGCCUUAGAAGAAGUAUUUUUCCUCCAUCUGAUGAUCAGUGCUGUAUCAGACAACAAGUGAGGCCUUCAUCCUUCCCCGGGAAAACACUUUUCUUCACCGGGUUUCUCUACCGGGUAGAGCCCGGCUGAAGAAGUCUUGUCCUUCUACUUUCAAGUGGUCUGGCUACAUUGUCUGACAGCUGAUACCUCUCCACUUACCACUGUGCCGUGGGAGAGGAGUGUUAUGAAAACAAUUUAAUGGAGAAAAAGAGUUCAAAUGCUGGGCCCCAAACCAAUGCCUUCAUUUCCAAUUCAGUACAGACAGAUCACCCUUAUCAGCUUGCACAUAUAUAAGGGAGAAACCUUUCCAGCAUGUUGAGUUUGCUUUCUAGGGGCUCUUUGGAAAUACCUGACAUGUCCUGAUUUUACAUUUUGCCUAGCAAAUAGUUUGGGUUGAGGAUGGAUUUUUUUUUCCUCACUAACCGCAGAGCGCCGAAGGUGUGAUGUGCUGUGAAGCUCAGUUUGCACAGCCCCUGCAAACACAUCCUGCGGGAGGGCAGGUGUUUGGGGAGACGAGCAACAUCUGGAGAGGAGAUGAGCACGGACAGUGCCACAGCUGCUCCUCCGUGCCGUGGGAAUAGGAACAUUUGUCUAGUGUUUCAUGAAGAGCUCCAUCAGACAGCAAGUUUUUAGGAAAAAAAUCCAUCUUCUCCACUGUAAGAAAGACGCAUGUGUUACUGGGGAAGUAGAUAUCAGCAGCUGUGUCAUCAAAACAUCCACGGUUCAUACACGCACACGCAGAGACGCGCACACACAAAGACCUUCAUUUUUUUAAUUCAUGCUGUGCACCCAACAGAAACAGCAGUAAAUGUAUCUCAGAUUCCCCUUUCGAAUCACCUUAUUUCUUUUGGCGUUCUUCGUGGACAAAUUCCACGGGGGUGUUAUUUUACUGUACAAAAGAAACAGGCAGUAAGAGGAAAUGUACCAGACCAUUUCAAAGCUGGAUUGCUGCUGCUUGAUGAUUUUAUCCCCUUCAAAUCACAAGAGAGGGGAAGGAUGAAUGGAAAAGGACCAUACAGUAGAAAAGUCGACUUAGGCAAACCGUAGGUGAAAAUAUAUAAUUAAAAAGGUGACGUUAUGGUGUCUCGUAGACGUACAGAGAGAAGAGUUCGUAUAUACAUAUAUUCAGAAAUAGUGUGUUUGCACACGCACGUGAAUUCUCUGUAUGUAUUGUGUAUGUGACUUCUUAUUCCGUGGGACUGACUCGUGUUAAUAUAUCUCUUGAUCUGGGGCAGGAGAGUACUGCUGAUCUUGGCACUAACUUGGCAUGGGCCCAGCGAAGCGUCUGCCCUGCGUGUCCCACUUGCCCCUUCCAGACGGGGCAAGGCCCACGCGCAUGCGCUUGCUGGGCGGGAGCAGGCCAAUAAUGCUGCAAAGCCGAUACCUCACUUACCUCUGCUGGGUGCUUUACUGUUCUUCUACGGAAAACUGUGUUUGAUUGUAACUUCAACAGGGAAAAAAAAAACAAGUCAUCAGUGCAUUCAAUUCAUUGCAUCCUCCUCUGCAAAUAGAUUAGGUUUGCUGAUCGCAAUUCCCUCUGUGAAAUUCAGAAAAGAAAAAAAAUAAGAAAUUGGUGUUAAUGCCUUUGCUGAAAUGGGCUGUUGCCUCCACACCCUUCCCGUGGCGAGGAUGUGUUGCUAACGGGCGGGCGGCAGUGCUGGGUUAUUUAAUUUUGUGGGAAGGUGUGGGGGGUGAGCAUGGGCAAUCAAACCAUUAAGAAAUUAUAUGCAGAAAUGGAACUUCUCCAAGGUUUGCAGUUCAAGGUGUUUGACCGUUCACUGGCUGAGCCAGGACUUAUGGACUUAAAGAGCUUUUACUGUGAUUCUUCGGUGUAAAAAAAAAAAAAAAAAAAAAAAAACCAAACAAACAAAAAAAAUCAAACUGUGUUUAUAUGAUUUGUAUAAAAACCUUUUAAAAUUACUAUUUAAUAAACAUUAUGGUAGAGA